AGCGCGGUGCUUGGUGCGCGCCACCUCCCCUCGGCCCUGCUUGCUGGCCUUCCCCACCUAAGUCCUUGGGCGGUUCAGCUGGCCCCACCCCUUCUUCCUCUCCUGGCCCGGAGGCCUGGUGCGCGGGGCAGCGCAACGUUCGCGGCCUGGCUAUUGGGGCAAGCGGUUUUGGCGCUCUCGAGGGUGGCACGCCAGGCGCGGGGCGCGAGGCCAGAGCUUGCUCGGCAGGGUGCGGGGGGAGGGUCCGACGGAGCCCCUAGAGGAGAGCAGGGACAGGCAGGGGGUUGCCGAGGCAAGUGAGACACUGGAGCUGAGAGAGCAUCAUGGCUGUGUUUCUGGAAGCCAAGAAUGCCCAUGCAGUCCUGAAACGGUUCCCUCGGGCCAAUGAGUUCCUGGAGGAGCUACGUCAGGGCACCAUCGAGCGGGAGUGCAUGGAAGAGAUCUGCAGCUAUGAAGAGGUCAAGGAAGUAUUUGAGAACAAAGAAAAAACGAUGGAGUUUUGGAAGGGAUACCCAAAUGCAGUCUACUCAGUUCGAGAUCCCUCACAGAGCUCAGAUGCCAUGUAUGUGGUGGUGCCCCUUCUGGGGGUAGUCUUGCUGAUUGUCAUUGCCUUGUUCAUCAUCUGGAGGUGCCAGCUGCAGAAAGCAACUCGUCACCACCCCUCCUAUGCUCAGAACCGGUACCUAGCCAGUCGCACCGGGCACAACCUCCCCCGAGUCAUGGUAUACAGGGGCACUGUGCAUAGUCAGGGAGAGUCCUCUGUGCACCGAGAGGCAGGGAAUAACCCUCAGAUAGUCCUGGGGCCCAGCCGGGGAGGCAGAACCACUGUCCGGCUGGAGAGCACCCUCUACCUCCCAGAGCUCUCUCUCUCCAGACUGUCCAGUGCUACCCCUCCUCCUUCCUAUGAGGAAGUGACUGCACCCCAGGAGGGCAGCAGUGAGGAGGCCAGUGUCUCUUACAGUGACCCUCCCCCAAAGUAUGAAGAAAUUGUGGCAGCCAGCCCCAGUGCAGACAAGUAGCUAAGCACAGGCCCUGGCCUGUAUAAAAGCCUCUUCCAGAGGUAGCCUGCUUCCUUUUGGACUUCUGAAAGACUGUGCCACCACAGAACAGCCUUAGCCUCCUUGUUGCCAAAUAAUUCCCCAACAGUGGAUUUGUAGGAAGUCAGUUAGUAGAGACAGUUGGUGUGUCUGUGUGUGUCGGGGGAGGGGGUAGGGGCAUAGGACAAGUACAUGAUACCCCAGGGAAAAGCUACAGACCUGAAAGCCUGGGUCUUUCAGACCCCUACCCCACCCCCAACUAUGCCAAGUCCCCACUGUCCUGCCCUCUCUUUAGGGACUGGCUUCUCUUAUGCCAAAGGAACCAUCUCAUGGUGUUGAUUGUGGCCAGAAUGUGGCCAGCAUGUCCACAGGCUCAUCCCUGAGGCUAUGGGGAUGUCUGGGAACCCCUGUGUUUCUGGAGACCUAGGCCACAGAGAUGAGGUGGUCAAGCUAGCCCUGCAGUUUCCCCUUUCUCAACAGUUCCAUGCUUACUGUUCUCACACAUAUUAUGAGGACAGAAAUAAGGGUUGAACUAGGAACAAAACACAAGUAAUAGAUAAUGAACCAUAGAUGAAAACAAUAGCCCUUUGAAGCCCUCCAGAAGAAAUCAAUUAAAUAGACAUUGGCACAGCCUUCAUCCAACACCCAUCCCUAUGCUCCUGACCAGGAUGAAAUCUAUGUGUAGAUCAGGCUGGUAGGAGGACAGGGCAUGAGAAGGAUGAGGAAAGAGGGCUGGAUGGCAGAGCUCCUUCUUCCAGACCAAUCAAGGGGCCCACUUGAACUCUGCCAUCUUGUUUCUGAUGUGAACCAGCUGUACUAAAAACAAGUCCACACUGGCAUAAGGCCAUAUGUAACCUUAGAGUGCUCUGUAUGUGGGAAACUGAUGUCUCCUUCCCCCAUGGAGCCCAGGGCCUCUCCCUGGUUGUUACAGACUGGCACAGAAAGCUCAAGAUUCCACUUUUGUGGGGUUGAUAAAUCCAUAGGAUAGUUAAAACCAUGAGCUCCACCUCCUUGCCACUGUGCUGUCUGGCUUUGAAGUUUUAGGAUACUUCCUUUUUUUGUAAAUAGGUGCAUUGAACUUGAACUUAAGAUUGUGAUUCUCCUAAUGAUGGUGCCCAUACAGGGAGAAGUUCCUGAAGUGUCUCUUAAAAAUUUUCUUAGUAGGAAAGCCCAUGACCUGGGGUCUAAAGCCCACCUGGGGUUUGCUCUGCCACAGCCAGGUGCUGAUAUGUUUUCAAUGAGGCUUUGGAAGAUGUUGGGCAGAGGUGACUUGCUCUUUAACUGUCAAUGAUAAAGUAAAAGACACUGUUGAUACCAUCUCUACCCGCUCCAGUCUAUUCUCCUGGUCUCUGUGCCAAAUCAUUUUUCCUCUGUGGUGCUUUAAAAAAUGUAGCACAUUUUCGUGGGGCCCAAAAAGAAUGCAUAGUGUGGGUCUGUUGGCAACUGCAAUGGUUUCCAAUCCACAGUGUUGAAAAGGUUCCUUCUGUCUAAGCAGCUCUCCAAGGCAGACACUAAGACACAUUCCUUGAAUGCAGCCCUACCUUGAGGCCCCAGAUGACUUCUAGAGGCUGUUCCAGUGAAGGGGACUUUCCCGGGGGGGGGGGGGAGUGUUUCUAGUCAAGGUUAUGUUCUUACCCCAGUGAGGCUGCCAACUUGUAAUAACUCCACCCUGUGGUUCCCCUACCUCGCAGGCCCAUUGGAGGCUGAUAGAGCUAAUGCUCCUGAAGUGCUUGAAGCACCUUGGAACCAGUGAAGUUUGCCCUUAGCAGGAUUCUUUUAGAAAUAGGUAUUAGCUGUGAGGGACUGGUUUUAGUUGAGGGCUUCAAAUGCCUCUGAUGUUGUCAAUCUGAGGAGUCAGUCUCUUUCCAUUUGAUCCUAUGUGGGCCUUCCUCUCUCCCCAGUUUCCUGACACCAAAAAUGCUGACUAGAUGGCAUUCCUCCCUCUAUCCCUCCAUUUUGAACUUCUUCUCACCCUCCCUCCCUUGCUGAUUUCUUUCCUUCAUGCCUUCCCUCUUCCCUUUUCUUUUUUUCCAUUUUUCUUUUUAUUCUUCCUCUCCAUUGGUCUUCUAGUAUUGCGCUCUGGCCCUUCCUAAUGAAGGGAUUUGGGGCUCUGAAGCUCCCUGUUUUUUCCAUGAUGGAGAUUGAGAUCAAUCUCAUUCAGACAUGACAGAGAUCCUGGGGAAGCUGGAAGCUCUGGGUCAGCCCAACCUCUCCAAGCAUUUUAUUAAGCUGGUGCCUGAUUGUGACCUGGGAUAUAUGAAAAAAAGACUUACCCCAAUGUGACUCCUCCCCCAGAUAGUCAGGCAUAGGCUCCACUGACCGGAGCCACAGAGAGUAUGCCAAGGAAUGCCCACUGCCUUUGGCAUGUGUUGAGGUUUUUCUGUUGAGCUGCCUGGCAGCUAGAGGCUAGGGAUACAUGGGUAAGAGCAGGAAACCUACUCCCAAGGCCUGUUGAGAGUGAUAUAUAGCCCCAGGAGCUGAGGACCGGAUGCAGGGUGAAUGAGAAGCAGCUCCUUGCAUGUGGCCUGUGGACUCUGGGUCAGGUGCUUCACAGAGCUCUUCCAGGUGAUUUGUGCCAAGGCCUCUGCAAUGGUUUUUCACAGCAUAGUGUUUAGUAUAUAUAAUGGGCAUAAUUCCUCAAGGUGCACACUUGGCUUUAUGAAUGCCCUGUACAUAUCUUUUCAAACUCUGUCUUUCUAUAGACAUUGAUUUGAUACAAUGCUAACAAUUCAGUAGCCACAUCUGUAUUUGUUUGAGACUUGUGUGUGUGUGCGUGUGUAUACAUGUAGGCAUGUUGUCUUUUCUCAUUGCUUCUAUGAAAUGUUAGCUGGUGUGUAGUUUUAUUUGUCCCAGGAGGUAUCUUCUCUGAAGGGAAAACUGUCAUCAUCUUGUGGGGCCCGCACUCUAUGGGACCCCCUCCCACUCACAUGCCUAUUCUGUAGGUGUCAGCAGCUGAAGGAAAUCUGAGAACUCCUGAGUGUGUGUGUGUGUGUGUGUGUGUGUGUGUGUGUGAGAGAGAGAGAGAGAGAGAGAGAGAGAGAGAGAGAGAGGUGGGGGUGGGAAGGAGAGAGAAUGAAUGUGUGUGUGUAGGGGAAAGGAGAGAGAAUAAAUGAGUGUGUGUGUGUGUGUGUGUGCGUGUGUGACUAUUGACUUUCAGAAUGGUGGAGUUAGUUACUUAGAUAUUUUUCUGUAAAAAUGAGAAGGCUUUAAAAAUUUCCUUAAAAUAAGGCUGUCACUUGUUUUCAACCAAAACCUUUUUAAGACUUUUUCAACAAUAACAGCAGUCCUGUCAGUCCCCUCCCAGACUGCCCAUCACUUUGGGUUUUCAAAAUGAAAGCACAAAAGAAAGAAUGGGGUGCACAGGUGCCUGACAUGUGCAUACCCGUGCACAGCUGUGCUGUGCCCUGGCUUAUUACAGAGGCGUGAUCCCGAGCAGUUGGACAUGGGAAACUGAGGCUUCCUCUGCUAGUUGCCAAUCCCACUGCCAUUAGUGUGAAUUCCUUAGGGUGCUCCAGCAAACAAGCAUCUGCACAAUUGUUUGGACAUUGUCUUGUUGGUAGUCCAAACAUUAGGGAUUAGGGACAGCAGUGUUUUCUGUUUAAGCAGUUCCAGACAGAUAAUUCCCCUCUCCCAGUGGAUGGCAACUCCCCAGAUCCCAGCCAGAGUUGAUGGAUCUUUUGACAACCAAAUGGCAUCCCAUAAGAAAACUAAGAAAAAAAACCCCAACAUUUCCACUAGAUUGUCUUUUAAUUCAAGUGAGAGAAAAAUGGCAGAGACAGGCUGUGAGUUGCCAGGACUGUGUCUUUUUAGUACAGUGUGUGUGCUCUGACUGUGUGUUUGCUCACAGUAAAGCCUGAGCUGCUGGGCUGGACUGCUUUUGAGCUUGUCAAGUGCUGAAGCUCCAUUUCCAGGCGUCACUGAGAUUCUGGAACAGUCACAUCUUCCCCACUAAAGUCUCCUAAUACUAAUCAGUAUAAUUAGCUAAUUUUAGACUUCUGUAAUCACACUGUUUCCAACUACAGUAAAAGCCCAUUAAUUUGAGCCCACUAAUUCAGAACUUAGAGGAAAUCCUAAUUGAAGAUAAUUCACAGUAACCACUAUUCUUGCUACAUAAAAAUAUUUGAAAGCAUCUUCCUUUCAGUCAGUCUUCAGGGACUUCUUUGUGGAAGGAAUUCAGUUUAAAAUGGGUACCCUUUUCAAAGGAAAAGCUUGAGGCGCCAAGGAUCCCUUCAUUGUGCCUUCAGCUUGGAGUUUAGCACUUCUUGUGUGUAAGGUUCUUUCUGUGCAGGGUGAUCUCUUGUUCUCUCUCCAUUGUGGGGAUGCUAGAUAUUGCAGCCUUUCACUCUGUGUCUGUAUUUACCCUGUGAAUAACAUAGUUUGUGAUCUUGACUGCAAUUUCAACACCAGUUCAUGUUUUUCUAAGUGUUCUUUAAAGCAGAUGUUGCACUAGCAGACUGCCUGCCCUCAUUCACCCCUAAGUCUUCAAACUUUAGAGCUUCUCCUUUCCCAGGCCGUGGGAGGCGAAUUUCUCUCUCUCUCUUAACAAGAAUUUCUCUGACAAAAAUCUCCAAACAGCACACCCCCUCAGCUUGAUGUCUCAACAGUUGUUUCAUUGUACUGCUAUCUGACCUCUGAACAACAUGCCUGCCCUUCUCCAGCUCCCAGUGAGCAUUAAGACUGAUAUCUGGGAUUGGGACCAACCCUCCAGCUACUUUUUGCCUCCCAACCUGUCUUGCCUCAUUGAUACCACUUUCCCAGGCCUGAAUCCACCUGCUAUUUCACUCUGUCAUUGUGAAUUUGUGACAGUGGCAACCCUGAUAUGUGCAACUGAGCUUAUGAUUGAUGUGAAAUGGAUUAAUUUUGGUACCAUUUGAAACUGUGCUUGUAUUCAUGUGUUGACCAGUGUCAGCUGGGACAUCUGUAUAUUCAGUCAUACGUUGGGAUGUUGAGAUUUCAAAUGGAGCCUGGGGGCAACAAACCAACUUGCUUCUGACCUUUCUCAUGCAUGCUCUCUGGCUCCCUUUUUACAAUUGUUAAGUUUAGCUGUAAACUUUUGUGUCUUUCUGUAUAAGAAAACAGUGAGUAAAAAUAAAGAACAAAUGGCAUCCA